AGAGAGAGAGAGACAGAGAGAGAGAGAGAGAGAGAGAGAGAGAGAUCCUCUGCCCGGUUUCAGCAGUAGCGCGGUGUCAGUGCGCGUGCUGCCCGAACGGCAAAAGGAGCCGCGCGAGCCGAAGCACAUCAAAUGAACCGAGAGGGAGCUUCCGGCGGGGCUCCUUUCCGCGCGCGCUCCACCUCUCCGUGAUUACAGGACGAUAAAAAACAAAUUAACAAAAACAAACUAAUCAGCGCGCACCCGCUUCAAGACGUCAUGGAGGACAAGACGAGCUCGAGGGACGAGAGAGCGGACGCGGGGAAUUCGGUGCAGAGGCGAGACUCGGCGAAGAAAAGCGGUGGAGGAGGUGGUGUGAGUCCCAGCGCGUCCAAAGAGCACGGCAACUCGGUGAGCGCGGGCACGGAGGAGGCUGCAGUGGGGCUGUGCGACGAUUCCGAGAGCCGACAGCAGCAGUACAGCUUCAUGCAGCGGCAGAUCGGCGCGAUGCUGCAGCCCGGAGUGAACAAGUUCUCACUGCGGAUGUUCGGCAGCCAGAAAGCCGUGGAGAAGGAGCAGGAGCGCGUGCAGACCGCCGGCUACUGGAUCAUCCAUCCGUACAGCGACUUCAGGUUCUACUGGGACUUGAUCAUGCUCAUCAUGAUGAUGGGGAACCUAAUCAUCAUUCCUGUGGGAAUAACGUUCUUUUCCGAGCAGACCACCACAACCUGGCUGGUGUUCAACGUGGCCUCGGACACCAUCUUCCUGGUGGAUCUGGUCAUGAAUUUCCGCACGGGAAUUGUCAACGAGGAGAGCUCGGAGAUCAUCCUGGACCCCAAGGUGAUUAAGAUGAACUACCUGAAGAGCUGGUUCGUGGUGGAUUUUCUCUCCUCCAUUCCCGUGGAUUAUAUCUUUCUGAUCGUGGAGAAGGGCUUCGACUCGGAGGUGUACAAGACGGCGCGGGCGCUGCGCAUCGUCCGCUUCACCAAGAUCCUCAGCCUGCUGCGUCUGCUCCGCCUCUCACGCCUCAUCAGAUACAUCCACCAAUGGGAGGAGAUUUUCCACAUGACCUACGACCUGGCGAGUGCAGUGGUAAGAAUCUUUAACUUGAUUGGGAUGAUGCUCUUGCUGUGUCACUGGGAUGGAUGUCUGCAGUUCCUGGUCCCUCUGCUCCAGGACUUUCCUCCGGAUUGCUGGGUGUCACUAAACGGUAUGGUUAACGACUCCUGGGGGAAGCAGUACUCGUACGCUCUCUUCAAGGCCAUGAGUCACAUGCUGUGUAUCGGAUACGGAGCCCGAGCGCCGGUCAGCAUGUCAGAUCUGUGGAUCACGAUGCUCAGCAUGAUCGUGGGAGCGACGUGUUACGCCAUGUUCGUGGGUCACGCGACGGCGCUCAUCCAGUCUCUGGACUCCUCACGCAGACAGUACCAGGAGAAGUACAAACAGGUGGAGCAGUACAUGUCCUUCCACAAGCUCCCGGCCGACAUGCGCCAGAAAAUACACGACUACUACGAGCACCGCUACCAGGGCAAGAUCUUCGACGAGGACAACAUCCUGAACGAACUUAACGACCCUCUGAAAGAGGAGAUCGUUAACUUCAACUGCAGGAAACUGGUAGCCACCAUGCCUCUGUUUGCCAACGCCGAUCCCAACUUCGUCACCGGAAUGCUGAGCAAGCUGAAGUUCGAGGUCUUCCAGCCCAACGAUUACAUCAUCCGCGAGGGCACCGUGGGGAAAAAGAUGUACUUCAUCCAGCACGGCGUGGCCAGCGUCAUCACCAAGUACAACAAGGAGAUAAAACUGACUGACGGAUCGUACUUCGGAGAAAUCUGUCUCCUGACUAAAGGACGUCGCACCGCUAGCGUCCGCGCCGACACGUACUGCCGCCUCUUCUCUCUUUCCGUCGACCAUUUCAAUGAAGUGCUGGAGGAAUACCCCAUGAUGCGCCGCGCCUUCGAGACCGUCGCCAUUGACCGCCUGGACCGUAUCGGGAAGAAGAAUUCCCUGCUACUUCAGAAGUUCCAGAAGGACCUGAAUGCCGGCGUGUUCAACACGCAGGAGAACGAGCUUCUGAAGCAGAUUAUCCGACAGGACCGGGAGAUGGUGAUGAUGGUGGAGAGGAAGCAGUCGGUCACAGGGGCGAAUUCGACGCCCAUGUCCGGAAACUCCAUCAUUAACUCGCCAGCUCAGCCUCCUUUUGCAAACAGCCAGUUCCAGCAGCAAGCGCAAUCCUCACCCAUGACCCCUAUGGCUCCCAUGACCUACAGCACCUCGGCAUCCAUCAUCCCCGCAGCUCGUCUAGCCGGGAGCGUGGCCUUCUCGUCGCCAGGCAACCCGGCCACGCCCCUACAGCAGCAGCCGACGCCCGGAGGUGUCAUGUCUCCCUGCUCGUUCACGGCAGGCCGAACCUUCCAGUACGGAUCGCCCACGGCUUCGCAGCUGUCUCUCGUGCCCCAGCUGUCGGCCGUAACGAUGCAGCAACAGCAGCAGCAGUCGUCCCCGCAAAGAAACGAGGUUCAUAGCAGUCUUAGCAGGGACGUGCGCCAUCUUUCGGCGUCUCAGCCCUCGCUGCCUCACGAAACCUCACUAGCCAUUAGGCAACAUCAAUCGUCCGGAGAAUCCUUGGCAUCUAUCCAGCCUGCGGUGAGCCCAUCCCCACAAGCCCCCGGCUCUGCCUCACAGCAGGGCGCCAUUCGUGCCACCGUCCCUCCGAGGGUGGCGCUUUUCCGACAAAUGUCAUCAGGUGCGCUUCCACCGGUGCGAGCGGCGCCCUCUACGGUCCAGCACAGAGAUCCCAUGGGAUCCAGGAGAGAGUCGGCCAUCUUAAACAGCGGCACCGAGACUGAACAAGACAAGUUGCGGUUUGCGUCGAAUUUAUGAUUUUUCUUUUCGUUCUUCUUCUUCACUUAUUUAUUGAUCGAUUUUUUUAAAAUAAUGAUUUUGCUUCAUUUUUAUGGAGAAAAAAAGAGACGAGUAUUUUUGUUUCUUCCUCCAACCAACCUCAUAGAUCUCCUGUACAGACUUACCCUUGUAUUAUAUUCUAUUUUAGAAACCUUUACCCUUCAACGUAAGAAUGUAUAUUAUACAAAUAUAUACGUGUAAAUCUAGAAUAUUUGGCACUGCCUAUACGAAAACAGGCGGGAAAACACUAGUAUAAAUGCAAGUCUUCCUUUCUGAUAUGUAUAUAUGAUGGACAUGUUGGGGAUUCUGAGCUGUUUGUUCUCUUUUUGUUCUCUUUUCUUGUUUGUUUGGGUUUGUUUUUUUUUGUAACACGAACGAAACGUGACGGCUGACAAGUUUUUCUUUUAAAUCUUUUUUUUUAUUAUUGAGACGAUGUUCAAAUACAAGUCCAGCGAUCAGCAGCUUUUUUGGCAUCACUGUGGAAAACCUACACGCAUAACCGAUACUGGCGCUCGAGAAAAACGACAAAAAAAAAGGCAGCACACGUUCAUCGGUACGGAUAUAUAACGAAGAGGACGGAGAUUACGAGGAGGAAAGAGAGAGUAAAAGUAAAAGCAGCUCCGAGUUCCUCCCCUGAAAUACGACGGUCCGGUAACUGAGGUGUAGUGUUGAGACCGCGGCAGUGUUACGGGAUCGAAGGAAAUCGAAGUUGCCGAUUUUUUUUCUUCCUUUGCUUGAUUUUAUUCUUUUCACCUGUUUAUUAUUUUGUAAAGAGGAAGCAGGGCUGCAGGUGGAUUCUUUUCUACCCCCGGUUUCGGAGACGGACACGACGACGUGUGUACAUUUAUAAUAUUUAUAAACUAAAGAUUAUCACCAUUAUGCAAUAGACUGUGAUAUAAAGACAAAACUAUAUGUGUGUUGUAAAUAGUUUUGUAGAGUUAGUCCUCGCAGAAUAACGUGUGGUGCAUUCUCGAACAUGGCAAUGUCUUACCAGUCUGAAGCCUGGAUAUCACACACAUCAAUAUAAAUAGAAAUCUCUCUCUAUAGAUAUAUGUCGCUGUCGGGCGGAAACCUCGUACGGUAUGUCCGAAUUUUGUCGAUUUCAUAUCGUAUUUUCACAUAUCGAUGCUAUCGGUCCGUCCCCACGUGGGUCUGUUAUUUUUACAAGAUAUUAACCGAGCUAAAGUCUUGAAAAUAGCUUGAGCGCAAAUCUCUUAACUCCGUCAGACACUUCGACUGUACCGUCCGCCUCUUCUUCAGUCCGCGGGAGAGCUUCGCGGCAUGUUUCUCCUCAAGAUUAAGAGUCGCGGCGAAUCGACACGUCUUCUGAGGUAAACGUCUUCAAAACACUAGGCUCAAAGAAAUGAAAAUCUCGACCCCCGCUAGUUCUGGUGCUCGUCUGAGGACAGGAAUUUAGCGCAAGACGAUCCACCGCGACGCGGACUAAACCAUGUGCAUCGCAGAUAUGAUAUGGCGUUUUUCUGAUUUCCUGAAAAAUAACGGUUUUGGAGAUACGAGGAUUCGCCCGACAGCCACGAUAUAUAUAUAUAUAAAAACAUAUACAUAUAUAUACAUAUGCAUAUGUACAAAAGUCACACCAAUCAAGCAUUAUCAUUAUCAUUAUUAGAGACACACGAACCUUAAUGCAAACCAUGGCGUGAUUUCAGGAUCGCUGUAAUAGUCAGCGUGAUCGCUUGCAGGGAUCUUUACAGACUGGAGAUCAGCAGCAGCCAGGAGAGAUCAAUGAUGGGACAAAAAGAUUUUUGUAGUCUAAAAGCACACUUAUUUCAGGACGACGUUACUAAACGGGCCCCGUAUUUAUAGAACGUCGAUAUACACGAGCGAUAAGAAGCUUAUCGUAACUGUAAGCUGAACACUGCACUGACUUCCACCGGCUAUUUUUGGUUUUGUCCACGUCAGUAUUACGCUCGAGCGAUCCGCUCUGUUACUCUGUAUAUCGCUAUGCAUUCACUUGUCGUGUUUUUUGUCUUCGGGAGCGAAUCGUCUUUUACGGAAAAUUACUGACCGAUCCCGAGCCCUGUCUUAAUGCUGUUACCACGCUGACGCCGUUUCCCUGGCAACGAUGUUUUUAUUUACAACAACACGUCAUACUUUUAUCCGUUUAUAGUUACACGUACAUAACGUUGUGGAACGCCGUUAAAGCACGUCAGUUCCUGGUGUCGAUUAUCAUCCGUCAUUAUAGCGGUAAUAAACGGUUUAAUACGAUAAAACCAUAAAGAACGAUUUAAUUUGAUUACAUUAUCUAGAAUUGUAGUAGACCAAAAGACACCAGUGGGGGGGGGCACGGUGGCUUAGCGGUUAGCACGUUCGCCUCACACCUCCAGGGUCGGGGGUUCGAUUCCCGCCUCCGCCUUGUGUGUGUGGAGUUUGCAUGUUCUCCCUGUGCCUCGGGGGUUUCCUCCGGGUACUCCGGUUUCCUCCCCCGGUCCAAAGACAUGCAUGGUAGGUUGAUUGGCAUCUCUGGGAAAUUGUCCGUAGUGUGUGAGUGUGUGAGUGAAUGAGUGUGUGUGUGUGCCCUGUGAUGGGUUGGCACUCAGUCCAGGGUGUAUCCUGCCUCGAUGCCCGAUGAUGCCUGAGAUAGGCACAGGCUCCCCGUGACCCGAGAAGUUCGGAUAAGCGGUAGAAGAUGAAUGGAAUGGAAUUGUAGUAGACUAAAAGACGGCAUUAGUAUUUAUGUUGUUUUAGCACCGUUAACGUAGCCUUCGUUUACGAGAACGUGGCAGGCGUUUUGUUUUGUUCUUAAUCGUUUUCACAAAUUAGCUAUGCACUAAUUUUAUUAAACAAAGUAACUAAUAGUCUAAACUAAGAAUCUCUGUUUUUUGCCCUUUUUAAACAUCUCGUCUUUGGGUUUUAACCGAUUUAUUAAUGUCUUGAGGUUCAAAGUGUGCAGCAACAGGAACAACACAUAGCUGGGGCUUAGGAUCGGGCAAUUAUUCAGCUCUGAACACUUCAUAACGAGCGCCGCUAACCAAACUGUGGUCUUUGCACGCUCAUUGCACGACUCCUUUAGAGAGAGAGAGAGAGAGAGAGAGAGAGAGAGAGAGAGAGUAUAUGAG